UGAGCUGCUGAAGGGGGUAUGUCCGUGUGUGUAUGUGUGUGAGAGAGAGGAUCUCACACACUGUCGGAUGCCAGAGGCUGAGGUUGUGCAUGCAGGUCUGUGCGCUGACACACGGAUGAGAGGCGCUGUGUGUGCGCGAGCCGUUCUGGAGGGAGAGCGAGACGGCUGCUGUAUCCCUGAGCACGAGGAUGGGCUGCAAUCUGUGUAGUUUACAGAAGAGAGAGGAGCAUUACAAACUACUGUACGAGAUCUCACAGGUGAACGGGAGGGAUCUGUCGAGAGCCAGUCAUGAGGAGGCGGCGGAGGCUUUACGCAGCGCUAAAGACCCCAUCGUGGUGCAGGUGCUCCGGCGGACCCCUCGGCCCCGGGGUCAAGGGUCAGCGCAGGACGUCCAGCUGGUGGACGUGUGCACGCAGACAGAGAUCACCUUCGAGCACAUCAUGGCUUUGGCCAAACUGCGUCCCGCCACGCCGCCGGUGCCGGACAUCUGCCCCUUCCUCCUGUCCGACAGCUGUCUCUCUCUGCACACGAUGGAUCAGGAAUACUUGGAGGGCAGCGAGUAUCUCUCCAACAUGGCAGCGGACGCCGAGAGGACCGAUGACUUUGAGUACGAGGUGAGCUUCCUCCGUUUAUCAGUAACACACCAUUUAUACACACAGCGCCCUUUGACCUGGAAAUCCCAGUUUGAUGGCAGAUACACUGAAGAUACAGCGUUAGGAGGUCGAGCUGCGCUUCGACUUCCUAGAGACAUCUACGUCAGCGAGAUCGAGCCGAACAGCAUCGCUGCGAGAGACGGUCGAAUCCGAGAAGGAGACCGUAUUUUACAGAUAAAUGGGCGGGACGUUCAGGACAGACAGGAAGCGGUGGCCGUUCUCUCGAAUGAAGAAUGCAGGAAUAUUGUGCUGCUGGUCGCAAGGCCAGAAAUACAGGAGGAGCCGUGGCUGGAUGACGAGCACAGCGAAUACUUAGAGGAGCUGAAGAUGGAAAUGCUGGAGGAGGAGGAGGAGAUGAAGAGAGCGGCUCGAGAGGAAGACCAGAAGGCCAGAGCAACUCAAGAAGAAAGCAUCACUGCAUCCUGCUCCUACAGUCAGGAGAAGAGCAUGGAGCCAGAGAAGAGUGUCCUAGCUCAGAUCCAGAAGCAGCUGUCACGGUGUCUGUCGGGCCGGAGCUCAGCGGACGGAGCAGAGAAGGACGAGCGCUGUCGGCAGCUGCUGGAGCUCAAGUGUCAGAUCCGCAACGGCAGCGAGUAUGACCUGUUCUACGCACGCAGCAGCAUCCAGUGCAGCGGUGUGGAGCACGAGCUGCGGAUGCUGAACGAGGAGCUGCGCAGCAUCCAGCUGGAGUGCCAGAGCAUCAUGAAGGUGCAUCAGCUGGGAUCCCGUGAGCGUCCUGAGAAGUCGGACAAGGACAGCUCGAGCGCGUAUAACACGGCCGAGAGCUCACGCAGCACGCCGCUCGCCGCAGAUCGCUCUCCGGAGCACCGCAGGGUCAGCCUGACCAACCGCAGGAACCUGCUAGCUCUCCGACGGGCCCCGAGCGGCAGCCCCGACCACAGCAACCCGUCCGAGUCCGAGCAGACGCCACCGGAGGGCCCACAGUGCCAGAGCUACAUGCAGCUGAUCCAGCAGCAGACGGCGGUGGAGUUCGUCAGCCGGCCUUCUGAACCCAAGAUGGAGUGGAAGGUGAAGGUCCGGAGCGACGGAACCAGGUACAUCACCAAGCGGCCGGUCCGGGACAGACUCCUCCGGGAGCGAGCGCUCAAGAUCAAGGAGGAGCGCAGCGGCGGCAUGACGACUGAUGACGACGCCAUGAGCGAGAUGAAGAUGGGACGCUACUGGAGCAAGGAGCAGCGCAAGCAGCACCUCCUGCGAGCCAAAGAGCAGCGGCGGCGGCGAGAGUUCAUGCAGCGGAGCCGGCUGGAGAGUCUGCGGGAGAAUCCACUCAGCAGCGGAGAGGGGCGCUCGGAGCCCAGCAUCAUCGAGCUCAGCCACCGCAAGAUGAUGAAGAAGAGGAACAAGAAGAUCCUGGACAACUGGAUGACCAUUCAGGAGCUGAUGACGCACGGGGAGAAAGCACCCGAGGGAUCCGCCGUCCACAACGCCUUCCUGUCCGUCACUACUGUAUAGAUUCACACGCCACUUCUCAAACUUUACCCCAUGCGGUACGAUCAACUUUUGCCUCGUUCAAUGCGGCGAUUUUUAUGAGAAAAGACCGGAAUAUUUUUCACUUUGUUAAUGUUUUUCUAAGCAAUUCAACGAGAAUCACUGCAUUUUUUAUGCUUUUUUUGUUACCGGAAUAUUUCAACUAAGGUACAUAAAGGAAUAUCUCACUUAAACAUUACAGUUCUGUCAUAAUUCACUUUCAAUCUAAACCUGUAUGACUUUCUACUGAGUCUCUAAGAGGACAUGGUGAAGGAAAAAUAUGACAUGGGAGAAAAAAUUAUUUCAGUGUUUUUGAGUGUGCUAUCAAUAGUUUAACAUUCCCCCAAGAAACUUUUAAAAUUGUUAAUUUGAACUUUGCAUUUUCUCAGCUGCACAUGAUAGUUUUGAUUUGCAUACUUUUUCAAAAAAUUUUGAAUUUUUUAUCACUGUUUUGCUUAUGCUUGAAUUUUUUUUUCUAAAUUUUGUUUUCACCCAAAGAAUUUUCUUUUCAAAACUUUAAUUUAUACUUUACGUUUGCUCAUUUCAUUACUAAAGGUUUACCUUCGUCCACGGUAUUUUUUUUUUUUUUUUUUUUUUUGAAUUGUUAUUGUUUUUAAUCACAAAGUUUCGCUUUCCCUCAAUAAUUUUUUUCUAAAUUUUAGUUUCACCUAAGAAAUAUUUAUUUUACAAUUUUGAAUUUGUACUUUGGUUCACUCACUUAAUCACUAAAGUUUUGCUUUCCCUUAAGAGCAGUUUUCAUAAAAAAUUAUUUUGCCCAAGAUUUUUUUUCCAAAAUGUUAAAUUUGAAUUUUACUUUCACUGUUUGCUCAAUGAAAAAAAAAAGUUGAAUUUAUACUCUGGGUUCACUCAAUUAGUCACAAAAUUGUAACUUUCGCCCAAGAUUUUUUAUUUUUUUAUUUUAAAUUCAUACUUUGUUCACUCUUUUGAAUUACAAGAUUCUAUUCUAAAUUUUGCUUUUGCCCAAUAUUUUUUUCACAAUUAUUGAUUUUUUACUUUCCAAUAAAAC